UGGACAUGUGCCCUGCGUGGAGUCUGUGUUGGUAGGACAUGCAUUGUAAAAUGAAGAUGGCUGUAGUUGGUAAUGUUUAGGUAGUGGAGUUAUUGACGACUAUAUAAUUUUUGGAACUGGAUAUCACAUGAAUGAGGAUCCAGUCUGGGCGCUGGUCUUCACCCGCAACCGUUCCCUGUGUGGGUGCCCACCCGGAUAUCAGCACUCCUUGGUCGGGUGAUGGCGACUGUCCUCCUCGACGAUGGGUCUGUCUACAGGAAGCAUAUCAAUCUGCCACCUCCGCAGUUGCAGCUGGAUCGUGGGGGUGGGGUUGUCCCUCCUGCCCCUGCAGGGCCCCAACCGCACCCGCCGCCGACGCCUCCGACUCCGCACCCGCCGCCGUCUCCGCCAUCUCCUGGAUCACCGCAGGUGGUCGCUCCUGAGGCGGUCCCUACACCCAUGGACGUGGAUGCCUUGCCCAGGCCAGGGUUCUUCUCUCCCGCCGACCCGGGGUCGGACGUCGACAUGGGCUGGCCGCCCUCUCCGGCCAGUGGGGGUGGGGGGGCGAGGUCUGCUGUGCCCUUCUCCACCAGAAAUCACGGCGCGUAGAGUAUCAGCAACCAAACUGACAGCCUGCAGCCGCGGGUUGUCCGCUUCGCAGGCACACCGAAGCACUACACAACCGACAGGCAAUAUUUAUGAAUGGCCACAACAACAGCAACAACAACGCAAAGACACGAGUGGCCACUAGGGGCCACUACCAGCCCACAUAAACAUGAGGAAGAGGUCGCUGCAGAUCCCAGAACUAUUUUCACACGUCAAACCACGUGAUGGAAAAUAGUUCCGAGGUACUCAUCCGCCGAAGCGCUAUAAAGGCCGGCGCUCGGCCACACAUCGGCAGUUCAUCGACCGCCAGCAGACGUGGAUAGCUGCUGCCCCGACAGCCCAGCUUCGAUCUUCUCGCUGAUCUCUGGAUUAGGCUCGGUAUAUCAAAGUCUCCAGCGGAGACUAGUAGGAAAUUAUUUCAGUUGUUUUCUAUAUUACUCUUGUAUGUAGUUGAUUCGAAAAUGGAUCACUGUUUUGUGUUGGUGUUUUAC